AUGACUGUAACUUAUAAUAAUGAACAGGAGAAAUGUCGUCGCUGGUGGGGGAUUGCUCAAAAAAUAGAAAUGGAAAUGCAAUUACAUGUUAAUACUUUAUUACUUGAGAAGUUGGCACUUAAUUUUAAAUUCAACAAUUUGCAUCAAAGUUAUGAAAUAUUGACAAUGGAUGAGCAACUAAAAAAUUUGGCAGAGCUCGAAGCAUAUGCACUUACUACUGGAAUUGCUGAAUUUACCAUAGAUGAGAAUGGAAAUCCAAUAUCUCAAGCCAGACCAAAAAAGAUUACACCCAAAGUAUCACCAAAAGAUACAGAAGAAAUUCUUGCUUAUAGACAAUUAAAACUUAUACAAGAUGCUGGUUAUUCUGACUUUGAUGAUUUUUUUAAAGCUCGUGAUAAUUAUUUUAGAUCAAAAGCUCAUUUAUCCAAUAAACCACAAGUUCCACCCAAGCCAAAAAGAUUAACUAUGGCUCAGCAAAAACAAAUUGACAACAAAAAUGAUGAAAUGCUAAGUGAUAUGGCUUCUAGAUGGUCUCUCAAUGAUCUAGUAUCAAACCUUGCCGAAUAUGAUAAAAAUGAAGAUGAAGAGAAUAAUUAUUCUGAAGAUUAUAAUGAUUUAGAUAACUAUGAGAAUAUGACACGUAGUUCUAGAGACACUUCCAUCUCAAAUCAAAGUUUAAAUCCAGCUGUCUCUAGUCAAAAUAAUUCAGUAUCACGUCCAAAAAUGAGUAAGGAGGAACUUGCACAAGCUAGAAUGAUUAAACGUCAAGCUAUAGCUUCUUUGGCAAAUAAAGCAGUUAUAGGAAUGACAACACAAAUACAUAUCACAGAUCUUUUAAAAAUGGUAUCUCCUGCUAUGCAUGUUGAACUUCAAAAAGCUUUUAUGGGAAAAGAUGAUAUCUCAUCUGAACCUAUACAGAUGGCUAAUCUUGCAGAACAAGGAUCUGAGAUGCCACAAGCUACUGUUGCUUAUGUAUCUGGUUAUAUUGAUAAUGUCAAAUUUAAUAAUGGUAUUCUUGAUACAGGAUCAAAUGUUGAUAUGAUCGAUGAUGAGUUUUUUAAUUCUCUUGGUUUUAAUAUUGAUCAAAAGGCACGAUUUCAAGUAAAGGUUGCUGGUUCAAAAACUAUUUUAAUUGGUGAAAAGAAAAAUAUUCCAAUUUCUAUUGGUGAUAUUACUAAUCCAGGUAACUUUUUAGUAAUAAAAAAUUUAGAAUAUCUUAUAGUACUUGGAAUGUCUUGGAUUAAGCAAGUUAAAGGUAUUAUAGAUACUAAUAAAGAUCAAUUUCAAAUGAUUAUUGAUGGAAAAACUUCUUAUGUACCAAUUCAAACUGAGCGUAUUUGUAAAUCUGAAGGAUCAUUAUUUUGCAAUAAUUUAGCAAUACAAGAUUUUGAGUUAAAAAAAAUCAGUAGUUCGUGA